UGAGAGUAACCGUGACAGGAGGGGGGUAGAAAUUAUUCGCAAUGACUAACGUGUAUUCGCUGGAUGGUCUCCUAGUAUUUGCACUUCUGUUUGUGUGUACAUGCGCUUACUUCAGGAAGGUGCCACGUCUGCGCAGUUGGCUGCUAUCAGAGAAGAAGGGAGUAUGGGGAGUCUUCUAUAAAGCUGCAGUCAUUGGUUCUCGUCUGCACUUGGCUGUCUCUAUUUCCUGCAUUGCUAUGGCCUUUUAUGUUCUGUUCAUCAAGUGACAACUUAUACAGAUGCUCUGCAGUCUCUCAACCUACAUGAAAACUGGGAACCAUGAUCACCUUACCUAGAGACAAAAGGGAAUGGGAAUUUAUUGUUUCCCAGGGAUUAUUGAAGAGUCAAGGCCUGGACAUCAUCGGUGUUGUUGAGGGGAUUGUGUGGACUGGAAAGAUGCAUUCCCCAAAAGGAACAUAUUUGCCUGACCUCAUCUGUAAUUUGUUCCUCUCAUAGCAUUUGAUAUGCAUUUUAUGGGAAGUUUUAAAUUAUUUGAUAAGGGUUUACUUUUUGUGGGGGGUGGGGGCUUGGACAGUUAUUACUCUUAAUAUAAUAUGCACCCCCAGACCUGAUCUAUCCUCCAAAAUAUUGACUAUAGAAUUAUUUCUGUUUGUGAAAACUGAUUAAACAUAAAGAUACAUAAUGUUAUAAUCUUUGAAUAACAAGAAACAGUGCGUGUCCGUAAAUUAUCCAAUGGUGUCCAUGUUCAAUAUGGAAGCCCUGUUUAAUGUUACAAAGUAAACUUUUAGGUCUGGGAAAUAGUAAACUAUUCCUAAGAGCAGUAAUGUAUUUAGCUGGCCUAAGAAGCUAUAUAAUACUGGAAGAAAUUUACUGAUUUAGGGAAUUAAAUAUAAAACUUAUUUGCAGUUGGCGAAUUUUUUUUGUGACCUGAUUAAAAUUUUUACAUUAG